GUCUUGUGCAGCGUCACAUUUGACUCCCUGGAAUCCAGCAUCAAAACAGAUAUCAUCACCACAGCUUUAAGUGGCGUCAAAGACAAGAACUUCAUGCUUCAUUAUGAAUUUCCUCCGUAUGCGACUAAUGAGAUCGGUAAAAUGGGAGGCCAGAACAGACGAGAGCUCGGACACGGAGCUCUGGCUGAGAAGGCUCUGAGACCGGUCAUUCCCAAAGACUUCCCUUUCACCAUCCGAGUCACUUCUGAGGUGUUGGAGUCAAACGGUUCAUCAUCAAUGGCCUCAGCCUGUGGAGGAAGUCUUGCUCUUAUGGAUGCAGGUGUUCCUAUCUCUUCCGCCGUGGCAGGUGUGGCCAUCGGCCUCAUUUCCAAAGCUAACCCGCAGAAAUCUGCAGAGAUUGAGGACUACAGAUUACUGACGGAUAUCCUGGGAAUAGAGGAUUAUCUCGGAGACAUGGACUUCAAAAUGGCCGGAACAAACAAGGGCAUCACUGCUUUGCAGGCUGAUGUGAAGAUUCCAGGUUUACCUCUGAAGGUGGUUAUGGAGGCAAUCCAGCAAGCAACAGUGGCCAAAAGGGAAAUCCUUGGAAUCAUGAACAAAUGCAUAGCAAAGCCAAGAGAGAAGAGGAAAGAGAACGGACCAGUUGUUGAAAACGUGCGGGUGCCUACAUCUCGAAGAGCUCGCUUUGUCGGUCCAGGAGGAUAUAAUCUUCGGAAGCUGCAAGCUCAGACAGGCGUAACCAUAAGUCAGGUGGAUGAAGAAACCUUCUCCGUGUUUGCUCCAACUCCUGGAGCCAUGAAUGAAGCCCAGGACUUCAUCAGCGAGAUCUGCAGAGACGAUCAGGAGCAGCAGUUGGAGUUUGGCGCCGUCUAUACUGCCACCAUCACAGAAAUAAGGGACAUUGGCGUGAUGGUGAAGCUGUAUCCGAACAUGACUCCCGUCUUGCUCCACAACUCCCAGCUGGACCACAAACGGAUCAAGCAUCCAAGUGCUUUGGGUUUAGAUGUAGGACAGGAGAUACAGGUGAAGUACUUUGGACGAGAUCCAACAGACGGCAGAAUGAGGCUUUCACGCAAGGUGUUGCAGUCUCCUGCUGCCUCCGUCGUCAAGACGCUGAGUGAGAAACAGAGCAUCUCCAUGGGUUCAAACAUCAGUGAUAGAUCCGACUUGUGACAGGCUGUCACAUCACCGCGUCUUCUGACUGACAACUAGGAUUUGAAUGGAACUUUCUGAAGAAGUGAUUCCAAGAAAGACAUCUGAACCAUGGCACUAUUGGACAAAUGAGGCAUCCAGCCGAUGAGAACAGACGAUGCUUUUUUUAUAUAUAAAAAUGUGUAGACUUUAUUAUGUCAUGUAUCAACAACAAAGCUUCUUAUACUCCCACAUAUCUGUGCCUUAUGUGGUUGUAUUAGUACAAGUUUGCAAAAGUCAACUGUUCUGGUUUAUGAAUUUUAUAUCCAUAAUAUGCUGAUAUUAAAAAAAAACAAAGUGGGAGAAGUUCACAGUACUUUUCUUUUUUAUUUAUAGUCUAUGUAAAUAGACAAGUACGUGGCAUUUCUAAACAUAAAGGUCAUUUUUGGAAAUAAAUUCACUCUUAUUCUGUAAUAUAACAUUGGAAUGUUUUUUGUUUUUUUCAUAUUUUUAGUAGUUACAGGACAAAAACUAAAUUAAUUUUAACUUCCACGAUUUAGGGGGCUGCUGCUGUUUCCUUUCCGACCGCUAGGUGGCGGGAUUCACAAGUUGCCUGAAGGAAUAAGCCCCGCCCCACCCGCGGCAGUUGGUGCAUGAUUGACAUCCGCGAUGAAAAAGAGCACAAGAUCGGAUUACAAGAUGGCGGCCCGUGGACGUUAGCUAGAAGGCCGUCAGAGUUGUUUCUUUCAAUUUCCCAGUUUGAAAUCAGACUGUAUUUGGUUCUAUAACCGUAAACGUGAUAUGUUCGCGAGAUAUAUUCGACUACAACUGUAAAAUCCAACCCCGACGCGCAUGUU